AUGACGGAUGUUGCCCCAAAAACUCCUAAUAAGAGAAUCAGUUUAGGUGUUAAAAAUAACUCUACCAAAAAAGUUAAAUUGGAAAAUGAACAGACACCUAAACAGCCUGGAUUUGCAAUUAAACAAAUAGGUCAACCAUCUCCUAAGCAACAAACAAAGCUAGACCCUAAACAGAAUCAACAAACACCUAAAACACCAAAAUCCCAAAUCAAAACUCCCAAACAAGAAAUAUCUGUUAAACAGGAGCAGAAACAACAGACACCUAAGCAACAAGUGGUAGCUUCAGGUAAUCCAGAUAAUGCCAAGAAAGCUAAAGCCAUAAAAGCUAUAGACAAAAAAAUUAAGCUUAUAGAAAGUAGACCAGAGUUAACGAAGACAGGUAACCGUAAACUGCACUUGUUAAAAAAGUUUAAAAGAAGAGCUCAAGGUCUCCCACCACUGGUUAAAUCUCGAGGCAAAGCUAAAAAGAAGAAAGCUGUAGCAGGAAAGCAGAAUAAACGGCAAAAGGGUAAAGUCCAGAAAGUAGUGAAAAAAGAACUAGAAGAUAAUAGUGACGAUGACGAGGAAACUGUAGUAAGUGAAGCUAAAAUCCAGAAAGUAGUGACGAAACAAGAAGCUGAUAGUGAUGAUGAUGAUAGUGAAAUGACUAAACCAAAAUCGAAUAAGAGAAACUUCGGUGAUAAAGGUAAGUUUUCCCAAAAACGUAAACAAGGGAUUGGAAAGAGAAACCAGAAAUUUAAAAACAACAAGAAAAAUAAAGGGGGGCCGAAUGUUCAUAAGAAUUUUCCAAAAAAGCAGGUUCAGGAUGUCAAACCGGAUGUAGAGAAAAAUGAAAUUAAAAAUGAUGUGGUACAAGCUGGCUCAUUUAUAGGAAAUCCUGACAAGAAUCCAAAGAAAGAUCCAUUUUUUAUCAUCAAACAAAAAGUAAAUUCUUCAGACAACCACGAGAAGGAAAAAAUUAUCAAAGAAUUGGAAAAUAAAAUCAAUGCUAUCGAAAGCAGGGGUCAAUUGACUAACACAGCAACAAGAAAAUUGAGACAAUUAAAGAAAUAUAAAAAAUUGGCGGAAGGGGGUCAACUGAAUUCUCCACCAGAAAAAACAAAACAUGGUAAAACAAAAACAGAGAAGAGACGGGAAAGGAGAGUUGCAGCAGCAGCAACAAAGAAAGAAACAGUGGCACUAAACAAAACAAAAGUAACUAAGUCAGUAGGGAAGAAAUCUGCUGAACCCGAAAGUACAGCGGAAAAAUCCGAUGAUGAAGUUGAGGGAGCUGAAGAAGAAUCUUCUGAGGGCGCAUCAAAUGCUGGCGAAGACGAAAGCGAUAGUUAA